AUGGCCGAACCGUUAUUGAGUUUUGACAUCAGCAAACGAAGGAGGGGAAAUCGCUCUGCCUUGCCUCCAAGGCCACCCAAUGCAUGGAUCUUGUACAGAUCGGAUAAAAUGCGUGAAAUCCAACGUGAACGCAAAUCUUCCAUGCUUUCAAAACAUCAAAAGCCAAGAAAUCUUUCUUCAAGUUCGUCAAGUACUUCAAGUUAUGAUUGCCCUUCUGUACAAGGUGGACCUUUCAUGAAAGAUGAACUCCAUCCAACAUCCACGCAAGAAUGCGUUAAAUCUCUUUCACCUACAAAUGUGGAUCGAAUCGAUGAAACUGGAGGAGGAGCAAAUUGCUUACAAGCACAAAUAUCAAGAAUGGUUUCGCAAAUGUGGAAAAAUGAAUCUGAAGAGGUAAAAGAACAUUAUGCAAAAUUGGCAGCUAAACAUAAACUUGAACAUCAAAAACAAUAUCCGAAUUAUCGUUAUCAGCCAAAACGAAGAAGUAGAAUGUCUUUACCUGCGCAUGAUACACAUCAGCAUUUUCAGCACCCGACUGAUUACAGACGUAUGGAUUGUGAGUACAGGAUGAAAAUUGAAAAAAAGAACUUGAAGACGCUGACACACUUUAUCUCCCCCUUCUUAAAAUCAGCACAUCAUAUUGACGGACAUUAUGACUCGCUCAGAGGAAUGACUAAACGUGAUUGGCAUAAUGCUUCAUGGCCUUCAUGGCAAAACCCAUGGAACGGUGGACAAGGUCAUAAUGCGUACGAGUCCCCCUUGACUUUACAACAGAUUGGGUAUAGUUCAAGCGCAAGACCGACGUUCCGAGGAGGCGGCAGUCAACCACACGAGAAACGUAGUCAAAGUGAUGGCAUUUAUAGUCAUCCUUUAAUGCCUCAAAGUGAGCCGAAGUAUGCCUCAUUGCCAACAAGUACUGGAAUGCAGAGUCCGGCUUUAUUGCCUCCAACGACACAUGCCGGAAGAUCGAAUCCGAUGAUGCAAGUAUCAAUGCAACCACAACAGUAUCCUAUUCAACCUGCAUAUGUCCCAACACAAGUACCAAUCAAUACACAAGUUCCAGAAGGAGGUGCAUGUAGAUCAUAUUCGGACAAUCUUGCAGCUAUGCAUCUUCAACAACAAACAAUCACAACAACAACAUCAUAUUCUUCCGAUCAACCAAUGCUCGUUCCACUCUCUCACUCUCAUCCACCUUCACAACUUUAUGAUGGUGGUUUUCGAAAAAUUUCUCCUUCUCAAUCUACUAAUGGUUAUACUAGUAUUUCUCCAGAUGUCCAUCAACAUCUUCAAUUGCAUCCAACAACCACCAAUCAACGUGCUCAACAGAUGCCAGAGAUGGAUAUGCUUCAAAAUUUUCUCGCUGCCGGUAACACGACCUCAUACAAUGGAAGCCCCUCAUUCAAGUGA